AUGGGGUCCAGCGCCCCUGAGAUCCUGCUGGCCGUCAUCGAGACGGUCGGCAACGGCUUCGAGGCCGGCUCGCUGGGCCCAGCGACCAUCGUGGGCAGCGCGGCGUUCAACCUGCUGGUCAUCACGGCGGUGUGCGUCAGCGUCAUUCCAGAGGGCGAGACCCGCGCGAUCGAGGAGACGCAGGUCUUCUGCGUCACCGCUCUGUUCUCGAUCCUCGCCUACGUGUGGCUGGUCUUCAUAGUGGCUGGCGGCCAGUCCUACGAGGUGGUCGAGCCGUGGGAGAGCGCCGUCACCCUGGCGCUGUUCCCCGCCCUCGUGUUCCUCGCCUGGCUGGCCGACAAAGGCCUCUUGGGCUGCCGCGGGAGCGCCCGGGUCCACCGGGAGGGCUUCGCCGAGGAGGCCGGCGGCUUGGCCCACCUGGAGGCGGAGGUGCUGCAGCGCUUCGCCACCUGCAUGCCCGACGAGGAGAUCGUGAAGCUGGCGGAGAGCGAGUUCGGCGCGAAGCGCAGCCUGGCGAUGUACCGAGACCGGGCCACCAUCAAGAUGAUCAGCGGAGGCCUGAGCGCCCUCGAGCCGGGCGGGCGUGCGGGCAGCAAGGAGAGCAGGCUUAGGCACGCCGCGCAGGCCAAGGCCGAGCAGGGCGCGCCGGCGGAGCCCAGGUGCGCCGUGGAGUUCGCGAGCGCCCACUACUCGGUGCUGGAGCGCGCCGGCGCCACCGCGGACCUCGUUGUCUGUCGCCGGGGGCCCUGGCCCGGCUACCCGGUGCGUGCCCGCGUUGCAACGCGCGACGGCACCGCGACCGCUGGCCAGGACUUCGUGAUGUACAGCGGGGAGGUGCUCUUCGGAAAGGAGAAAGACACUGAGGCUCGCGUGUCGGUGGAGAUUCUCCAGAACAGCGCCUCCACGGAGAGCAGGCUGUUCCACGUGGAGCUGCUGGACGUGUCCGGGGCGCCGCCGCGUGGCCCGGGCGUGUCCGGCGGUGAGCCAGCCGUCUCGGGGACGCAGUCGGCGCCCGCGUCGCUCUGGCUGUCUUCUUCGGCCCACGACCGGCGCCCCGUUGGCGCCAACCCGCGCGCCGUGCCGGUGCCGCCCGCGCACGUGGUCCUAGGGCCGGUCAGAAAGGCAGAGGUCCGCAUCCUGGACACGGACUCGCCAGGGAUAUUGAAGUUCGCGUCGGACACCCUGGAGUUUGUGGAGGGCCCCGCCGACGCCGCGUGCACAGUCGUGGUCCUGCGGGUGGGCGGCAGCCAGGGCGAGGUUUCUUGCACGUACCGCACAGAGGACGGCACCGCUUGCUCAGGCGUGGACUACGUGCCCAGCUCCGGCACGCUGGUCUUCCCGGACCGCGAGGACAGCCGCUGCCUCCAGGUGAUGGUGCGGAGCAGGGGCCGGUUCGAGGUCUCGCACUCGUUCCGCGUGGUGCUCGAGGAUCGGCUCGGUUUGCCGUUUAUCGUGGAACCGCGAGCCGACAUCGCGACGUUCGUGAUGUCUACCAGACCGCCGCAGGUGGAGCGCCGUCGGUGCGGAUUCGAUGUGCGCCGCCGCUCUCUGAACGUUGAAGGUCGCUGCCUUGGGGUCAAGCUAGUGCUCGACCUCCCUGGGGAAUACAGCGGGAUGCUAUUCCCGCAGAUGGUGCUGGCGCUCUGGUUCGACCGGCGUUCCGUCUGCAUCUGCGCGUGGGUCGGCAUCUCGUCCACCGCGGGGGCGCUGGCGUGGCCCUCGAAGCGGCCCACCUGCUCGCUAGACGCGAGGGCGCAGAAGACCAUGCCAACUCCGAAGGCUCAUCCCCCCAGUGAGUGCCGUCGGAACGCGCGCGCCUUGUUGAUCGCGUUGGGGCACGGCCUCGCCAUUUUGUGGCGCCGGGCGGGCGUGCUGGUGCACGUUGAAGCUCGCCGGGUCGCGAAGAAGCUGAAUGUGCAGGACUUCGUGGUUGCGACGUGCAGCCGGUGGCAUUUUCAGACGUGCUUCGAGGGGCCUUCCAUGGCCAUCGCGAUGACGAGGAGUACCAUCUCCAAGUUCACAAUGAUGCUGGUCAUCGCGAUGCUAGGCUCCGGUGGCGGCGGGGCCCGCGGCAGGGCCGCCGCCAGGGGGUGCCUGGCGCCCUCGCGCCGCCGUGGCUGCAAGGGCAGGGCGUCCGCCAGGCCUCGCCUCUGCAGGCCCUGCCGACGCCGCCGGCUGCGCCGCCGCUACGCGCGGCAGGCCGCGCUGGACCGGGCGCCGCUGGCUCUGCGCGACCGAGAGGGCUGCGCCAUGCCGGGGCGACGCGAAAGAUACGGGGGCAAGAGCUCCCCGCGGGCGUCGACCAGAGGUGCACACUGGGAUUCUCUCGUGGGUGGACAGCGGCAGUUCGUCUGGGACAUCCUUGCAACUCGGCCCUGCGAGUUCCCAGUGCACGCCCAGUCCGCAGGCAAAGUUACUGGAUGCACUUGGCUCAGUUUCGUGCUUGCCGCAGCCAUCGCCGCCGCGUGCGCCGGCACGGUGGAAACCGACGUGGACACGAGUGGCCACAGCAGCGCGGCGACGUCGACCACGCCAGGGCAAGAUCGUGCCCCAGAGCAGAAUUCGGCCACCGCCACGGUCGCCGAUUCGCAGGCCACCAUCGCCCAGUAUCUCGACGCCAAAUCGGGGGCCGACAACGCUGCCCUGUUCCGACCGGUCAGGGGCGCGGCUGACAGGGUUGGGGGCGCGCCGUACUUCGCAUGCGUGGCCGCGCAAUGCGACUUGAAGGAUUCGACUUUCUUCGCUCGCACCCCGAGCCCCGGGCGGGCCGACGCCGCGGCGGGCUGCCCCGUCGAGCGAUCCAAAUCGAUGCAAUUUGUCGCAGACUUCGUUCUUCUGCGCGACCUCACAACCAAGCAGGGCCUUGUCCUUGUGGUCUCCCUUGGCUUCGAUGCGCUCAGGCACCCCGCGUGGAGACUGAAGGCCACGGUGCCAGACCCGCCGGCUCAUCGAAAGAUGGGCCCUGGCGGCCAGCUAGCGCUCGGGGGCCGCGUCGAACGCGCUUGCUCCGCGCGGAUGCACGCGGACGGUGCCCCCGGCGACGUCGUCGAGACAUGUGAUUAUGCGGGCCGCUCGGCGCGCGGGGAACUCAGCGGCAGGCGCCCGCCGCGGGACCUCGGAGAAGACCCCGUACUGCGACACCGCGGGGCCGUCGAGGAUGGCUCGGCGCCCCGCCAGGGGCGCUGGGGUACUCGUGGCGCCGUCCAUCCUUGCCUCUGGGCGCCGAUCAAGAGUGCCCGAGAUGCGGGUGACGACCUCGCCAGCCGCCGCGUCGCUGACCUGGCCGAAGACGGAGGCGGAGCGACGUGCAAGUGGGCCGAAGCAGCCGAGACCCCCAUCGAUUUCAACGUUCGCGCCUCGCGCAACAACCAGUUGCCCGACGAAUGGCGGGGGCGGUGUCGACGGCCAGCCGCGCGCCAGUGA